AUGCUGCUGCUGCCGCCGCGGCCGCCCCACCCUCGGUCCACCUCCCCCGAGGCCAUGGACCCACCGCCCCCCAAGGCUCCCCCUUUCCCCAAGGCGGAGGGCGCCGCUUCCACGCCCUCCUCGGCGGCGGGCCCCCGGCCUCCGCGGCUGGGACGCCACCUGCUCAUCGACGCCAAUGGGGUCCCCUACACGUACACUGUGCCGCUGGAGGAGGAGCCCCGGGGCCCCCCGCAGCGCGAAGCGCCUCCGGGGGAACCCGGCCCGCGCAAGGGCUACAGCUGCCCGGAGUGCGCCCGGGUCUUCGCCAGCCCGCUGCGGCUGCAGAGUCACCGCGUAUCGCACUCGGACCUCAAGCCCUUUACAUGCGGCGCCUGCGGCAAGGCCUUCAAGCGCUCCAGCCACCUGUCGCGGCACCGCGCCACGCACCGCGCCCGCGCCGGCCCGCCGCACACGUGCCCGCUGUGCCCGCGCCGCUUCCAGGAUGCGGCCGAGCUGGCGCAGCAUGUCCGCCUGCACUGAGCGCCCACCCCCGGCCUCGGCCUCCCCUCCACCCGCGGGAGAAGUCUUUCUUCCGCUCCCGUCUAGCUGUGUGAUGUAGACCAAAGUUGUCGCCCGCCCCCGCGCCCGGUAGCGGAGGGAGCUACGCUCCGGGCCCGCUGUGCAAGCGUGAGCCUUUUCCAGAGCCACCAACUCCAGAGCCCUGGUUUUCUGUUCUCCCAAGUGGCAAGAGGUUGUCUUCUGCGUGCAAGGCACGACAAAAGAGCGCCGGGACGGUCUGGUUGGCGUCUGUUCCCUCCUUCCGACAACCACCCCCCAUCCGUUGCUCAAUAAACAUUCCGCAGUUCA